AUGGGUCACUCUAGAAACUCCUACACUAUUCCGUCGCCCAUUUCACUGACAAGUGUCUUCUCCUCAGGCGUCCAUCCGUCUCAGCCACCUCCUCCGUGCGGCUUCGUCUUAUGGUCUAGUGUGGAGAGAAGAUUGAGACCGAAAUCUUUGUUCCCAGAGAAAUCAGUUACACUUCAUAACAAAUGCUCGCACUCCGUUUGGCCGGGAAUACAACCCAGUGCCGGAAAACUCCUUUUGGCUCGCGGAGGCUUCAAGCUCCCGCCCAACAUGUCCCACGCUCUAAAGCUUCCCCCUCUCUGGUCCGGCCGCUUCUGGGGCCGUCACGGCUGCGCCUUCAAAGCCUCCGGCCGCGGUCGCUGCAAAACCGGGGACUGCGGCGGCUCCCUCUUUUGCAAUGGCACCGGUGGCACCCCUCCGGCCACCUUCGUGGAGUUCUUUCUAGGCAAGCAUCACGACUCUUACGCCAUCAGCCUUGUCGACGGCUACAACCUGCCUGUCUCCAUCACCCCGUACGGGGGAUCUGGGACAUGCGGCGACGUCAGGUGCGUGAUGAGCGACCUCAAUCUGAUUUGUCCGGCAGCCUUGCAGGUGAGGUCUCACGACAAGAGAGCGCUGGUGGCCUGCAAGAGCGCCUGCUUCGUUGCCAUUAAUGCUAUGUCACCCGUGCCAUGGGGUCCAUCAUCUGCCUUCAUGCCGACGGCGGAUUGCAUGAUGUUCAAGAUGUCGUGCCCUCAGGCUCGCUUUUCAGCAUACGAUGACCCCACCAGCAUGGCUAGAUGCACUGCUGAUACUAACUAUGUCAUCACUUUCUGCCCUGGCGGCGGCCAUUGAUAUGUUUCUGAGCUUCUGGUUGUGACUAGCGCCACUUGACUGUAAUUUAAUUCGGUUUAGUGUGCUGUGUGGUAGUAAUAGAGAUUAUAAUUUUAUGGUCUGUGAAAAUUGCA